AUUCCUCUCUGUUUCCUCCACACUCACUCUUCUCUCCUCAUAUCUCUCUAAGCUAUUUCUCAGUGCGCACUUUAAGCAACAGAGUGCGCACAUUAAUCUCAUCAUCAUCAUGGAUCGUAAAAAUAUCAUCUUAAUCGGCUUUCUUUUAGCCAUUGUGGCUUCAGUCUCGGCUCAAUCUCCUGCAAGUUCUCCUUCGGCUACACCCGCGGCUCAAGCUCCACCAACACCCACAACUCCCUCAGCCGCGCCGCCGACCAAUACUCAGCCACCACCAACUCCAGUCGCUACUCCACCACCCAACAACCAGCCACCACCAGCUCCGGUAGCCACUCCUCCUCCUGCCUCAUCACCACCGCCAACUGUCCAAUCUCCUCCUCCGGUCGCCGCCACUCCUCCACCCGUAAGUGCUCCACCUCCGGCUACUCCUCCUCCAGCCACCCCACCACCAGCCACUCCUCCUCCGGCCACUCCUCCACCUGCCACUCCACCCCCAGCCACCCCACCACCAGCCACUCCACCACCAGCCACUCCUCCUCCGGCCACUCCUCCUCCGGCAACUCCACCCCCAGCUACUCCACCACCAGCUCCUCUCGCAUCUCCACCAGCCGCCGUUCCUGCUCCAGCUCCUAGCAAGAAGAAGGCUUCUCCGGCACCAGCACCGGUAGCACUCAGCCCUGCUGAUAGCCCACCUUCUCCACCCAGCGAGGCUCCUGGGCCAAGCUCUGACACCAUUGCACCAACUCAGGAUCAGAGUGGAGCAGAGAAGAUGUUUUCAGUUGGAAGCUUGUUGUUUGGAUAUGGUAUUCUGAGUUUGGUGCUGUAGAGGAAGAGAAAGAGAGAUUAUUAACAUCUUUCUCUGUCUUUGAUUUUUAUCACAUUGGGAGCUCAGUGUUGUGAUUUCCAACUUCCACUUUUGUACUUGCCUUAUUGCAGUGUUAUUUCAUUUUUUGUAUAAAUAUAUGUAUUAAGUAUAUUAUUAUUAUUAUGAUCGAUCACUAUUGGUUGGCAGUCUUAGCCUUUGUGUCUGUUACUACUUUUGUACUUUGAACUAAUACACCAUUGGGUUGGGUUGGGUUGCAUUCUUUGGAGGUUUAUGAGGGGAGCUUUUGUAUUUCUGAUUAUUGGUUGAGGACUUGUUUUUCUAUUGAAUUUAUUUAGACUUACAUCUUAAUAUC